AUGAUUAACUGGUUACUGCUUGUCAGUCGUCAAGGCAAGGUGCGAUUGACCAAAUGGUUCGUUACCAUCCCUGCCAAAGAAAAGGCCAAGAUUGUCAAAGACGCCACUCAACUUGUGCUUGCGAGAAGAGUCAAAAUGUGCAACUUUUUGGAAUACAAAGAUCAAAAGAUCGUGUAUCGCCGAUAUGCCAGUCUCUUUUUCAUUGCUGGUAUCAGUCAAGACGAGAAUGAGCUCAUUGUAUUGGAAAUCAUCCAUCGUUAUGUUGAGAUUCUGGAUCGCUACUUUGGCAAUGUCUGCGAACUUGAUCUCAUUUUCAAUUUUCAAAAGGCAUACUUUAUUCUUGACGAGCUACUUAUCGCUGGUGAGCUACAGGAAUCGAGCAAAAAAUCCGUGCUUCGGGUGGUUACUCAGCAAGAUCAAUAUGAGCAGCAAGAAUCGAACGAACAAAAGUCGACAUAA